AAACCUCGCGCCAGGUAUCCCGACGUGGAAUUAUUUAAUAAAAAAGAUAAAUAUAACUACAAACUGUUUAAACUAAACAUACGUACAAAACUAGUUAGUAAUAGUAAUUAUUACCCGUCGGGACUAGAACAGGUCUUUUAUAUUUAUAAUAAAUUACGCGGACAAACUAUAUAA